AUGUCUGCCAGCAAGCGGCGCAAGGUAGACCAAGAGGCUACACAAUAUGCUACAGCUGCUGUCAGCGCGCUCACCGCGCUCUCUGCCAGACGACGACUAGCUGAAGGCAAUGAGCUCGGCGACACCACCAGUGCGCCUGCGUCCCCUGAGCCACGAGCUCUGCCCUCCAACUCCAAUGCCUUCAGCGUGUUGCAGGGUUUGAGCAGGCAGGGCGACUCCCCGUCUGUGGCGGCGAGACAGCCAGAGAGCCCAGGCAAGCCCCAGCGCAACAAGGCUCGCCAUCUUAAAAGUGCAGUUGUCGUCCUUUCGUCCAUCCAAGAACAACUGCCGCAGACAUUCCAAUGGCAUUACGGAGCUUCGGCUGAAGGAAAGCGAGUGUUGAGGAGUCGUCGGCAGACCCGGCUGGAGCUUCACAUGGAUCCAUGCGCUCCGGCCCUACGCCAGCUGGGUCGCCUCUCUCCCUUGUUUAGGAAUCUCUGGAACGAGCCUGCCAGCUUGUCUUUCGACAUUCUAUACUCCUCAGAAGACGCGCCUAGGAAGAGCGUGAUCCAGGAGCUCAAGUCGCCUCCAGAAUGGAACAAAGAGCUAGACAAUUUGCUAGCCCCUAGCACGAACAGCACUGCUCUGACUGCCCUUGUGUGCGGGCCAAAAAGCGCCGGCAAGUCGACGUUCUCGAAAAUUCUGGCGAACCGACUCAUCACUCGGAGUGGUGAAAAGGGCCUCGUUGACAAAGGGGUGGCUCUGCUGGAUCUCGACCCAGGUCAGUCCGAGUAUGCACUCCCUGGGACGAUAUCCCUUGUGCACGUCAAGGAGCCAAACCUCAGCGCCUCCUUUACACAUCCGAGCUUUGCCAAUGCGGCGUCACAGAUUGUGCGCUGCCACACUAUUGCGUCAGUGUCGCCAGCCUCGGAUCCGGACCUCUAUCGCGCCGCUACCUUCGAUUUGUACGCAACGUACGCAGCCUCGCUCAAAGGUGUACCGCUCAUUAUCAACACCCCAGGAUGGAUCCUCGGCACUGGUCUCGAGUUGUUGGAGGAUAUCAUCCGCCACACGACACCCGACGAGGUCAUCUACAUGUCGGAACUUGGCCCUGCGGACACGGUCGACUCCUUGAGAGCUGCGACGGUCAAGAAUUUCAGGACAUUGCCAUCUCAGCCGUCGGAAUUCACAGCGCGCACUGGCGCCCAUCUGCGGGCCAUGCAAACAAUGUCGUAUUUCCACCUGAGGCCAACGUCUGACCCGGGCAGACUCAGCUGGAAUCCAUCGCCUCUUAGCCAGCAUCCACCGCUCGAACUCCGCUACGCUGGUUCCAAGGGGGGUAUCAAGGGCAUCCUCUGCUACAACUACGAGCCACCGGCCGAUCUACUCGCAAGCUCCAUCAAUGGCAUGGUGCUUGCCGUAGUGGUGACUGGGGACCGCAAGGCCUACGGGGAACUAGUGAGUUCGGCUUCCGCAGACAUCACCAUCUCCGAGUCCCCCGAGGGCAUCCCCUUCAUCCAGAACCAGAACGAUGCAAGUCUCGAUCCUCGCUACUCAAAGACGAUUGGACUGGUGCUGGUGCGUGGCAUUGAUCCGGCAAGGAAGGUCCUGCAGCUCUUGACACCCAUGUCACUGGAUCAAAUACACACUGCCAUGGACCUGAACCAGGAUCUUGUCCUCGUCCAUGGUAAGUUUGAUGCCCCGAGCUGGGCUUACACAGAAGACUUGUAUCACCAGUCCGGGGACGACGAUGCGACUACGCACCUGCAGAUUGAAGACCAGGACACAGACGAAGAUGUCUCUGACAGGGAGCCGGAGGAUGUGACAGAGGCGACUGAUGUAGGCCAGGUGCCAUGGGUUGAAAUCCUCCGAGGGCACGAGAAGCGGCCCGUCGGGUCCAAGGUCUGGCGUGUGAGGAGGGAUCUCGGUCGUCAAAAUGGCGAGUAG